AUGGCUACUCAUAUCAAGAUCCCUUGUUCUUCGGCAAAUAUUGGACCUGGCUUUGACGUCAUUGGUCUUGCGCUCAACCUUUACCUUGAACUACAAGUCACAGUCACCAAGAAGGAUGCGUCAGAACACUCUCUGAAUUGCAAAAUCACAUACGAAGGUGUAGGCGCCGAAGAUGUACCCCUUGUCGCACAGGACAACCUCAUUACCCGCACUGCCGUAUACGUCCUCCGCUGCCAUGGCAUUCGCAACUUCCCCGCCGAAACCCACGUACACGUGAAGAACCCGAUACCGUUGGGAAGAGGAUUGGGGUCUUCGGCGGCUGCCAUCGUGGGGGGUGUAUUCCUGGCAAAUGAAGUAGGCAACCUCAAACUAUCGAGGGCGCGCAUGCUCGACUACUGCCUGAUGGAGGAGCGACACCCAGACAAUGUCGCAGCGGCGCUGUAUGGAGGCUUUGUCGGCACCUACCUCAAUGAGCUGUCGCCUGAAGACACGGAGAGACUUGAAAUUCCCCUCAGUGAAGUUCUGCCACAGCCCGCGGGAGGUGUAGAUACGGGUUUGCGACCACCCGAGCCUCCCCUCAACAUUGGACACUACACAAAGUUUAACUGGUCGCCCACCAUCAAGUGCGUAUGCAUAAUACCGCAGUUUGAGGUGUCAACGGCAAAGGCGCGCGCAGUACUGCCAGAGUCGUACUCCCGGAAGGAUGCCAUCUUCAACAUGCAGCGGUUGGCUGUCCUUACGACUGCGCUCGGACAACCCACACCAGACCCCGACAUGAUCUACACAGCCAUGCAAGACAAACUCCACCAGCCAUACCGCAGUGGCCUCAUCCCCGGUCUUACCGAAAUCCUACAAUCCGUCACCCCCCAAUCGCAUCCAGGCCUGCUUGGAAUCUGCCUCUCAGGUGCUGGACCUACUAUACUUGCGCUCGCGACCGAUAACUUUGACAAGAUAGCAGACCACCUACUGCAAGAAUUCAAGAAGGAGGGCAUAACAUGUGACUGGAAAUUGUUGGAGCCGGCUACCGAGGGCACCACCGUGACCCACCCAUCUACCACAUCACAACCAGCCGGCGAGGCAUUGACGUACGCGUCGUCUGGAGUCAGCAUAGAUGCGGGCAACCAGCUCGUCAAGCAGAUCAAGGCCUUGACUGCAAGCACCAGGCGACCUGGAGCUGAUGGAAACAUUGGUGGCUUUGGUGGGCUGCUUGACUUGCAGGCAGCUGGCUACAAAGAGGCACCGAUACUUGUAGGUGCUAUUGAUGGUAUCGGCACAAAAGUCAAGAUCGCUUUCGAGAUGGGCAAGCACGACACUGUGGGUAUUGAUCUGGUCGCCAUGAAUGUCAACGACCUGGUAGUCCAAGGUGCAGAACCUUUGAUGUUUCUCGAUUACUACGCUUGCAGCAAGCUUGACGUCGAAGGCGCUGCAAAGUUUGUUGAGGGUGUCGCUAAUGGUUGCCGACAAUCUGCAUGUGCUCUGGUCGGUGGUGAGACUGCGGAGAUGCCCGGUAUCUAUCAAAAAGGCGAAUAUGAUGCGGGCGGGGCAGCCAUUGGCGCGAUCAAACAAGGUGCAACGAUAUUACCAGACACGGCAUCUAUGGAGGAAGGAGACGUCCUUCUCGGUAUGGCAUCGAGCGGUGUCCACUCCAACGGCUUUUCUCUAGUCCGAAGAAUUGUCGAGGCACAGGGCAUGUCGUACUCGGAUACAUGCCCAUGGAGCAGUGGUGAGAAUAUCGGAACCGCGCUUCUAACCCCAACAAAGAUCUACGUGAAACCGCUCCUAGCUGCGACCAAAGAGGGUCUGAUCAAGGGUAUGGCCCACAUUACUGGCGGCGGUCUACUCGAGAACAUUCCUCGCAUGCUUCCGAAGACGCUAGCUGCCGAGCUGGAUGCGAAAUCGUGGCCUCUUCCCGCCGUGUUCAAGUGGCUGAAGAGUGCGGGCCGAAUGGAGCAUACCGAAUUCGCGAGAACCUUUAACACGGGUCUCGGUAUGGUACUUGUCGUCAGCCAGGAGAAAGUCCAAAAAACCAUGGAUCUGUUGCAGAGGGAGAAAGAAGAGGUGUACGUGGUGGGGUGUUUGAAAAAGAAGGUGGAUGAGGACUGCAUUGUGACAAACAUGAAUGUUUGGGGUUGAGAAACCAUGUCUCCACCUUGUAGCAGGUGUCUGCAUACGUAGCAGACCGGAAGCAAAAGCCAUGAUAUGAUGUAUGAAGGUUACAUAUACUCAGGACGCUACAGGUCUGGCGAUUGGGAGCCGCGGCGGUUGCAGCGGCAUAUCAAACGAAUAUACCCACCUUUUCUUCAA